UCGGGCCGGCCUUCAGCAACCUCGGGCGCUUUCCGGUGGCGAUGCCGGUCUGGGUGCGCGACUACCGCUGGGAGCAAACGCCCGAGGCCGUCUACCUGGCCGUGCCCGUGCGGGCCGCCCGCCUCCGCCGCGCCGACGUCUUCUGCACCGAGCGGUACCUCAAGGUGAACUCACCUCCAUUCCUGUUCGAAGCUGUCCUGUACGCACCUAUAGACGACGUUCGCAGUACUGCGAAAAUUGAGAAUGGCUCCGUCUUCUUCACCCUCUAUAAAAAAGAAUCUGCCCUGUGGGAAUCCCUCGUCAUGGAAAAUGGUGACAAAGAGGCAAUGCAGAGAAUCCGAGAAGAUGCUGUCUGCAGAGUCCAAGAAAACGCAAAAGCAGAAGCAGAAGCCAAAGCUGCUCAGAAGCGGGACCGGAGCAGGUUUGCUCUGGAUGCCUUGAUGAAACUAGAAGAGGCAGAAAGAAAAAGAAUAGAAGAACAGAAAGAACAGGAACGGAAAAAAGCCACAGAGGAGAUUGAGAAAUGGAAAGAACAGAAUGAGAAGCAAAAGAAGAAGCAAGGGAUUGACCAAUCACAUCAUGAAAACAGGAAAACGCUAAAGAAAAACAAGCCAGAGAACAGGGGAAUGAGACCUUCAGACGGGAGAACAUCCAGCUCAAACUCAGUGACAGGAGCCACAAGUUCUGGAAAUAUUUUUUCGGAGAAGUUAAAGGAAGACGGUGUCCCUGCUCCUCGGCCCAGAGGCAGCAUUGAGAUAAACUUCACCCCACGUGUCUUCCCUACAGCCCUCAGAGAGUCCAGGAUCCCAGAAGAGGAGGAGUGGUUGUGUAAGCAAGCAGAAGCUCGCCGGAUGAUAAAUGCAGAUGCUGCUGAGAUUGAGGACUUAAAGGAAGAGGAGAAGAACCCUGACUGGUUGAAAGACAAGGGAAACAAACUCUUUGAAAUGGGAAACUACCUUGCUGCUCUCCAUGCCUACAACUUAGCAAUUCGUAUCAGUAAUCAAAUCCCAACAUUGUACUUGAAUCGAGCUGCAUGCCACCUUAGGCUGAGAAAUCUGCACAAAGCUAUUGAGGACUCAUCUAAGGCUCUGGACUUAUUGACUCCUCCUGUUCUUGACAACGCUACAGCCAGAGUGAAAGCUCACCUGAGGCGUGGGGCAGCCUUUUGUGAACUGGAAUUGUACGCUGAAGGUCUUCAAGAUUAUAUUGCUGCUCUCAAGAUUGACCCUACAGACAAGAAGAUAGAAGAAGAUGCUGAGAAAAUUCGACGCAUAAUUCAGGGAAAUGACUGAUUCUGGGGGAAGAAUGCAUAUUUGAUCAGCUCUUUGUGCAAGGUAACAGAAACACCCCAGUGCUGGUAACAAGGAUAGUUAUCUUUGCAAGGUACUUUGCUGUAUUGGAUAAAUAUUUCUUCUUCACUGAAAGAUAGUAUUAAUAAGGAGAAUAACAUCUGAAGCUUUUUAGUUUAUGCAAACAUUUUUGUUUCUCAGUAAACAAAGUAGUGAACGUUGUAACUUAAGAUUGGAUUUGUUAAAAAUUUGAAACCUUGUAUUUACUUAGGUUGGGUUGCAGUGGGUAUUUUAUAAGAAUAUGUUAUACUCAUAAGGUAGUAAAAUAAUCCCUAGUCUUUAAAGCCUUUAAAGACAUGGUGGUGCUCUUAAAUCCCCGAUUGAAAAUGACUGGUUAAAGGUCAG